AUGGCGUCGGCUGUUGCCGUAACUCCCGCGAUCAGCGGCCUCGCGACUUCACGCGCCGCUGCGACUGUAUCGCGCGAUUCAGCUCACGUGCGACAACAUGCGACGGCAGCGCUGUCGCAUCCGCUUCGCGCACGCGGCAUUCGGGGUCUGCGAUCGGACAGCUUCAGGGGCAAAUUGGCGAGAGCGGGGACGAGCAGCCAAUCAGCGUUCUCUGUUCAAUGCAACCUCGUGCGCAAAGUGAACGGGAAGGAGCUGGACGCGUUGCUGUCGGGCGAUCGGCCGCUGCCGAUGGUGAUCGACUUCUACGCCACGUGGUGCGGCCCCUGCAUCCUCCUCGCACAGGAGCUGGAGCAGCUAGCAGUGGAGUACCAUGGAGAGGUGCUGUUUCUCAAGGUGGACACGGACGAGGAGUACGAACUCGCCAACCAGCUCGAGAUCCGUGGGCUACCCACAGUGGUGUUUGUGAGCAAGGAUAAGUCAAAGCUUGCCGUCCGCACCGAGGGCUUGCUACCCAUUGCGUCCAUCAAGCAGCUGAUCGAGGAGAUGUAG